CCGCUGGUGAUUCCUCACGACUACAUGCUGUCUCUGUACUGGUCUCUGUCCAGCGGAGACAUGAACAGCAGCGCUCUGCACGAAGCGGGUCUGGCCAACACCAUCACCAGCUUCGUGGAUAAAGGACAAGAUGAGCGCGGGCCCCAGCUGAGGCGGCAGAGGUAUCACUUCAACAUCAGCUCCCUGGAACGAGACGGGCUCCUGGGGGCCGAGCUACGCAUCCUGAGGAAGCGCCUGUCUGACCCCCGCAGAGCCUCAAUGGGAUCUAUGGCCACAGACGGAGGCAGAGGAGGAGACGGGGGUGGAGGAAGCUCAUCCCCAUGCCUGAAGCUGUACACCUGCGCCUCAGGUAAACAAAAGGCUGCUGUGCUCCAGACUAAGACCACUGAGGAUCUGCUCAGCGGAUUCGGCAGCAGAUGGGAAGUGUUUGACAUAUGGAAAAUCUUCAAGGGCUUAAAACACCAGCAGCACCAGCACUCCCAGCAGCUGUGCUUUGAACUGGAGGCCCUGGAGCACAGAGGCGGUCGGCCCAUGGAUCUGCGCACGCUCGGGUUCGCACGGCUCGGCAGGACCAACAAGGAAAAGGCCUUCUUCCUGGCGUUUGGCAAAAGCAAGAAGCGUGACCUUUUUUACAACGAGAUCAAAGCCCGGUCAGGCCACGACAACAAAACCGUCUACGAGUACCUGUUCACCCAGAGACGAAUGCGGCGAGCUCCUGCCGCCAGGGGGGCUAAGAAGCCUCUGCAGCAGCCGCAGUCCAUCCCCCAACACCAGGUGGUGAAGACGAGGCCGCGCUGCAAUCGGAAACACCUCCACGUGAACUUCAAGGAGAUGGGCUGGGACGACUGGAUCAUCGCUCCGCUGGAGUACAACGCGUAUCACUGUGACGGCGCCUGCGACUUCCCCAUCCGCUCGCACCUGGAGCCGACCAACCACGCCAUCAUACAGACCCUCAUCAACUCCAUGGACCCAGAGGCAGCGCCGCCCACCUGCUGCGUCCCCACGCGCCUCACCCCCAUCAGUAUACUCUACAUCGACUCGUCCAAUAACGUGGUGUACAAGCAGUACGAGGACAUGGUGGUGGAGGCUUGUGGCUGCAGGUAGCAAAGAAAGGUGAGAGACGACACGAGAGAAAGACACUUCCUGCCCUUCACUUUGAGAAACGACAGAUUUGUUAACGCUGAGGGAGAGAGUUGUUAUUUCAGCUGACGGAGACUAAACUCACUGCUCAGCAACAGACAUUAUUCUUCACUCUCAAGUGGUCUGUCAGGCUGCAUACCGAAGACUGUUGGACUGUUAAAGA